GCAUGCUCGGCUCCGGACAUAGUGGAUGGCAUGGCUCAGCCGGCUAGUGGUUUCGUGAGUCCUACGGGAUGGCUUCCGGCUCCCGAGCUGACUCCCACGUUAGGACCCCUGAGCAACACUGCCCAGCUGCCGAACAACUGGAUGCUCUGGGGCAUGCUGCCGCCACCGCCACCGUCGUCGACUCCUGCAGCCAGGUCAGAGCCUUCCUCGGAGACACAGCGCCGCAGUGAUGCCCAGACUCUCUCCGGAGCGCCACCCCCCUUCGACGCCCAGAUUCUUCCUGGGGCGCAGCCCCCCUUCGACGCUCAGUCCCCCCUUGAUUCUCAGCCUCAACUCAACGGCCAGCCUUCCUGGAAUUUCCAGGCUUUGACAUCGUGGUACUGGAGACAGUCUCCUAAUAUUUUUCCUCAGCAUCAGAAGUCCUACAACCUUCCCGUUAAACAUUCUCAUUUUCCACGAAAAUAUGAUGCAAAGUUCACUGCCUUCAACUCACCUCCCAGUAGAAAACAGAAGCGAAAGAAAAGAAAGGAACCAGUUUUUCACUUUUUCUGUGAUACCUGUGAUCGUGGUUUUAAAAGUCAAGAAAAGCAUGACAGACACAUGUCUGAACAUAUAAAAUGUCCUGAAGUAGAUUGCUCUUUUACUGCACAUGAGAAGAUUGUCCAGUUCCAUUGGAGAAAUAUGCAUGCUCCUGGUAUGAAGAAGAUCAAGUUAGACACUCCAGAGGAGAUUGCAAGAUGGAGGGAAGAAAGAAGGAAAAACUAUCCAACUCUGGCCAAUAUUGAAAGGAAGAAAAAGUUAAAACUUGAAAAGGAAAAGAGAGGAGCAGUAUUGACAACAACACAGUAUGGCAAGAUGAAGGGGAUGUCCAGACAUUCACAGAUGGCAAAGAUCCGAAGUCCUGGCAGACAUCACAGAUGGAAAAAUUAUGGUGCUAAACAGAGAGCAGUCAUUGGAGCAGGGAAUCGCUUGUGUGAUUCCAAGGCCAAAGGUCUACCUAAGGCAAAUGCAGAUCCUCUUGGUGUUUUGAUAAACAGUGAUUCUGAGUCUGAUAAGGAGGAGAAACCACAACGUACUGUCGUACCCAAGGAGGUGACACCAGCCCUGUGCUCACUAAUGAGCAGCUAUGGCAGUCUUUCAGGGUCAGAGAGUGAGCCAGAAGAAACUCCCAUCAAGACUGAAGCAGACAUUCUGGCAGAAAACCAGGUUCUUCAUAGCAAUACUCCCAAGAGUCCAAGUCAAGAUGUUAAAGCAACUGUUAGAAAUUUCUCAGAAGCCAAGUGUGAGAAUCGAAAGAAAAGUUUUAAACAGACAAACAGUAAGAGGAAAAAAGAUUGUCAAACAUUAUUUGAACCAAGAACACACCACCCAUAUCUCUUGGAAAUGCUUUUAGCUCCAGACAUUCGACAUGAAAGAAAUGUGAUCUUGCAAUGUGUUCGGUAUAUCAUCAAAAAAGACUUUUUUGGACUUGAUACCAGUUCUGUGAAAACUAAAGAUGUAUGUGUCUGAUGUUUCAGCACACAUAACUGAAGCAUGUAAAAUAGUACCAUGAUUUUUUUUUCUAAAACUGGAUUAGUGAUUAAAUUGUCAGCCUCAUAGGAUAUUAUGUUGGAUUCUCAAAUCUUUCCUUUGGUUCUAUGCAAAUAAAUACAUAACUGAUUUUU